UAGAUCUCGGUAGAGAGUGCGUGGUUAAUUGUGAAAAGUGAGCUGCAGUAUAUAAGCAUAAGGAAACAUGCAGAGUGGACUGAUCUUGCUUGUUCAUCAGGAACAUUCUCUAAACAAGAAAGACUACCAUCACUGCAAGGAGCAGAACGAGAUGCCACCAAGUAUGAAGGAGCAUAGCUUUAUUAAAGGGCUGAAGAACCGAUGUUUGCAUCUUUUGCAUCAGCACAAGGCAACCACUGAUUCUUCUGAAGUGGCUGUCAAAUCAGAAUCACCAAAACUAACUUUGAAUCCUUCCCAUGAAGAGGUAUUGAAGUGGGCUGAUUCUCUGGACAACUUACUGGCUCAUAAAUAUGGCCUGAUUGCUUUCAAAUCCUUCCUCAAAUCAGAGUACAAUGAUGAGAACAUCGAGUUCUGGCUGGCCUGUGAGGAAUACAAGAAAAUUAAGUCGCCUGCAAAACAGGCCUCCAAAGCAAAGAAGAUCUUCACAAAUUUUGUGGCACCAAUGUCUCCAAAAGAGAUUAAUUUGGAUUACUACACCAAAGAGGCAAUCACUCAAAAUCUUCAACAUCCAACCUACACUUGCUUUGAGGCUGCGCAGAAGAAAAUCUACAGUCUGAUGGAAAAUAAUGGCUACAACCGAUUCCUUCAGUCAGAUAUCUACCAAAACAUACUCAAUAAUAGCCAUGACCAUCACCAAACAUGAAUGCUGUUACUCUUCCACAGAUCAGAUGAUGGUCUCUUCUUGAGGUGUUUUCUGCUGUGACUGAAGUAGUCAGUAUGAAAUCAAAUGACACCAGGAUGCAUGAUGCCUAUAAAUGAUGGGACAUGGAAAAAGAGACCAAAACUUGGAUGUAGAAAGUAUGGCAGAGAAUCAAAAGCCAAAAAGAGUAACAAGGUGUGCCAUGUGGGCAGAAGGCUCCAAGCCCUUCUGGGGACUGAGCUUCAGGGCUUGGCAUGGUACUGCAGAGAGCAGCCAAGCAGAACCCAAUACUACUUCAGUAGGAAAGGGAACAAAAGGUGGAGAGUCUCCAAGCUAACAGAAGCUUUGUAGCCCAGAAAGAUCUUUAAGAAGCCGGUCUGAAAGGAAGGGGAAACCAGAUAGGUUAGGAAAUUAAGGAUGCAAGAGAAUGCAUUCUGUAUCAGAAUGGUACCUGCAUUCAAAUGUACUAAUGCUGAGAAUGCCAUUCCUCCAUCGCUGUAUAUCUCAAUACUGACAGUUAAAUAUCUCCAUCUUGUUAAUCUGGCAAUGGAGAAUGUAAUAAGUACAUCAGUGGAAAGGGUUAAAUGUUUUGUUACAUUGAUCCUUUACCAUACAACAUUAAAAACUGAACACAACUUAAAAUGAUGUAACUGUAAAGAUUGGCUUACACUUAAUACACUUUUAUACCAUCAAGUGAUAUAAGCCAAACAAUCCUGGAGCCUGUAGAAAAUUUUUGAUCACUGUUGUGGUUCAGAUUGGAAGUGAAAGCUUGGUGUGAUGAGCCACAAAAUCCAAUGUAUAAUCUGUGCCUGUCUUUAAACAAGACAACACAUUCUGUAUGAUGAAAAAGCAACCUCUGAAUACUGAGUAUUCAAUGCUACUUUUGAGGGGCAUAACUUAUUCAGGGAUUUAUAAUCCAAAAGCUGCAGUUGUCAGAAUUGUGCAAUAGCUUGCAGUGUGAACAUUGUUUAAUCAACUCGUAUGUAAAGAUUCUAUUGUGUAUUACUAGCCAAUUUAACAAAUAAAGUUGUAUGAAUAAUCAA